AUGCCUUCCACAACUACCAGCCAAACUAUUGUCAACGGGGGUUCCACCAAUGACAAAGCCCUUCAGUUGUUCUACCUCUGUACCCUCUUUACUUCCGUAAACGAGAGCUGUAAAAAGAUGAACAACAUCACCUACUCCUCUGUCAACUUGGACAGUGGUCGUGUCCUCACCCCUUUCCAGAAGUUCUUGUGCAGCCUUGCCCAGAUCUGCAACGCGACCAUGGGGCCGGAUACCAUCACCGCCCUGGUCGCUUUGAAAGCCGCCAACGGACCGGGAUAUCUCUUCGCCUCCAACAACCGUAAGGAGCCGGAGCUCGAAGACACGAAAAGCUUCCUCAGCGAUCUUCUUGACUUUGUCGGCAAAUACCCAGAUGGACUCGCCGAGAAGCCCUUGAAGAAGCAAGUGCUGUGGCGCAUCUUGGAAUUCAAUUAUCUCAGGGUGGACUGUUACAUCAGUCGGAUUGUAACCUCAGUCCGUGAAUGCAUCGAGCAGUGUCUGUCUGUCGAAACGCACGACGUUAACUUCUCGAAGCUAUCCGCCGAGAAGGGCGAUAAUCAAGGCCUACGUGUACUGACGAAAGCAAACUUAUAG